AUGGAUUUUGAUAAGUACAUUAAAGAAGAUCCAGAGGGAGUUUACAAUCUACAUUUUUUGAACAAGGACAAACUCACUGUAUAUGAGAUAAAGCAAAUAUUUUCAGUUUAUGGGAAUGUUUUAGGUGUAAAUGUUACUAAGGAUGAAACUGGAUUUAGAUUUGUUAAGUAUGGAACCUUGGAUGAAACAAUAGCUUGUAUAAAAGGUUUACAAGAUAGUAGUAAGAUACAAUUAUUGCUAGAAAAAAGUAAAAUGAAGGAUAGAAAGAUGAAUAGAAAAGAUUUCAAUGGUGAAAACUUGUCAAAUAAUGGAGGAAACAGCACUCAUAAAAUUUUCAAUGAAAAUAAUGGAUCUAAUGACAUUUUAAAUACUUCUCAAAAUUCUAUACAUAAUCAUAAAUUUAUUUCAAAUGUAACUAAAGAAAAUUCAUCAGUGUUCGAUGAAAAAUCUUCAUUGUUUUCAAGACAAACUUCCAAGGAGAAUAACUCUUCAGUUACAAUGGAUUAUGAAAAGUACUAUAGAACUACAAAAGACGGAGGUUUUAGCGUACAUUUUGCAAAUAAGAAAGGAUUAUCCUCAGAAUAUAUAAAAGAUACGUUUUCAUCUUAUGGAACUGUUGUAUCCAUAUAUGAAGGAGGCGGUCCCAAUGGAUUGAAAAUCAUAAGUUAUAAAACAUUAGAUGAAGUGAUAAAUUGUUUAAAAGGUCUUCAAAAUGAUAGUCAGAUAUCAUUGUUACCACAAAAAGAUAAAUUGGGAAGUGAAGCAAAAGCAACUAACCAAAAUAGUUCGAAUCAAUGGCAGGCAGCAAAGAUGGAAGAUACUUCGCAAAAGAUGUUUAGCACUGAUGAACAAUUUGAUUCAAACUCUACUCAUCAUGAGAAUAAUAAACAGGAAAAAUUGUCGGAAUAUAGAGGCAAACCAUUUUACAGUUCAAGAAAUUUUGAUUCGAAUAAAUUCCAAGGAAACAAUUUUUUAGAUAUUGCUCGCAAUUCAGGGCACGAUUAUAAAUAUAAUGCAGAUGAAAUUAAACAGAAGAAUGCAGGUUUUCAAUCAUUUGAUGAAUUGUAUUCAUUUCCAGAACAACAAAAUCCCAUUAAUAAUGAAGAUUAUAAUCAAGUAAUGAGAAAAAAACAAGAAGAUAGUAAAUUAUAUCCUUCAAUGAAGACUGAGACAGAUAGCAAAAUCGAUAAAAAUAGGCGAUUUGGCAUUCAUGAUCAGAAAAUGCCAAUGUUAGUUUCUGAUACAGAAAUGAAAUCGAAAGAAUUUGAUGUGACAUCUACAUUAAACAAGACUACAAAUUCAUCUAAAAUUGUGUAUAUUCCAAUGCAAGAUAUAAUUGUUGCUAAUAUUCAUCAAAAUUAUGGUGUACAUUACAUUUUACAUUUGUUUGAGAAAUUUAGUCCAGUUUCAGCGACAGUUGUAAAGACAAUUUCCAAAACUAAUAUACGAUAUUGUCACAUUUAUUUUAAAACUGUACAAGAUGCGGUAGCUGUUGAAGAAGAAUUUGAUAAUUUUGAUUUAUUUGGAAAAAACCUUAUUGUUUUACGAGAAUCACGUUUGAUAAAUGAAGCAUUUACAUAA